GGAAGAAGCUUUUGGUUGGCAGACGUGUUUUAUGGUAACCGGAAGCGGAAGCGAAUGUGUGUCAAUGUGUAUGUAGGAUGUACAGUAAGCACUAAUAUUGAAGCUGCAGAGCAGCAGGGUGAGACAGGUGGCAUCCUGAAAAAAGAGAGACCCAGGAAUGGAGAGAGACAAACGUGGUUUAAGUGGGGUGCUGUCCUCUCUCUCCCUCCUUUGUGUUAUUAUUGACCUCCAGCUUGAUGGACUAUUAGCUAUAAGCCAUGCAGAAAUUGAAAAUCACUUAGAGAUGGGUAGAAAACUCCUAGCUGCUGGACAGUUGGCAGAAGCCCUUUCUCAUUAUCAUUCUGCUGUAGAGGGAGAUCAAACAAAUUACCUUACUUUUUAUAAGCGGGCAGCCGUAUACCUAGCAAUGGGAAAAUUCAAAUCAGCACUUCCUGAUCUCAGCAAAGCAAUUGAGCUGAAAUCUGAUUUCAUGGCUGCCAGGCUUCAGAGAGGCAAUAUCCUUCUAAAGCAGGGGGACACUGAAGAGGCCAGCGAGGACUUUCAAGCAGUGUUGCUAAGUAACCCAACAAAUGAGGAAGCACAAACCAUGAUGCAGCGAGUGAAGGAAGUAGAGGAAAAUCUAGACACAGCGUGGGCAGCCUAUGACACAGAGGAUUACAGUGGAACUAUUGCUCUUCUGGAGAGAGUGAUUGAGCUGUCCCCUUGGGACCCCGCUGUACGUGAACUGAGAUCUGAAUGCUACCUCCAUAUUGGGGAUCUGAGCAAAGCCAUCCAGGACUUAAAACCCACAACCAAGCUGCGAAAUGACAAUAGAGCCGCAUUCCUAAAACUCAGCAAGCUCUACUACACCAUAGGGGAUCAUGAGGAAAGCUUAAGUCACAUACGUGAAUGUUUGAAGUUGGAUCAAGAUGAUAAAGACUGUUUUUCACAUUAUAAACAAGUUAAAAAACUCUCCAGACAGUUGGAAUCAGCAGAAGAAUUAGUCCGUGAGCAGAGGUUUGCCGAUGCAAUUGAGAAAUAUGAAGCCUCCAUUAAAACAGAACCAAAUGUACAAGUAUACAGCAAGAGAGCAAAAGAGAGGAUAUGCCACUGUUUGUCAAAGAGUCAGCAAACGGAAGCAGCUGUCAAAGUUUGCACUGAAGCAUUUGAAAGAGAUCCACAAAAUCCAUUUAUUCUUCGUGACCGUGCAGAAGCAUAUAUCCUGAAUGAAGAGUACGAGAAAGCUGUGGAAGAUUUUCAGCAAGCAAAGGAAUUAGAUGGAGAAAAUGAGGAAAUAAAUCAGGGACUCGAGAGAGCACAAAAACUUCUCAAACAAUCAAGAAAACGAGACUACUACAAAAUACUUGGUGUUAAAAGGAGUGCAAAUAAACAGGAAGUGAUCAAAGCAUAUAGGAAAUUAGCUCAACAGUGGCACCCAGACAACUUCCAAUCUGAAGAUGAAAAAAGAGAGGCAGAAAAGAAAUUUAUUGAUAUUGCAGCAGCCAAAGAAGUGUUAACAGACCCAGAAAUGCGUCAAAAGGUGGAUGCCGGAGAAGACCCAUUGGACCCUGAAAAUCAGCAAGGCACUGGACAGCACCAGCAUUGGCCUUUUGAGUUUAACCCAUUUGGCUCUGGCAAUUUCCACUUUAAAUUUAACUUUAACUGACUUCCCUUAUCCCAUAUGAUCAGAGAUGGACUGGACUUUGUUACAUUUUCAGGGUUGCAUAUUUUUGAACAACCACUCUAAUAUUUAUGGAUAUUUUAUGCUGAAGGAGAUUUUGAGACAUUUUAACCAUCAUCUGCCUCCUUGCCUACAUUAAAUUAGCAGUUAUAUCUAAAAUUAUUUUGAACCGGUUACUGGGACUCUUCUUUAUCCUGAUCAUCUUAUUUUUAAAAAGAGAAAUCUGGUUUGGAUCUUUUUUCUUUUCUUUUUUUUUUUUUUAGCCCAUUUUGUUGUUUUAUAAUAUAUAUUUUUUCCUUUGGAAAUUAAUAUAGAUUGCAAGGAGAUUACAGUAAAUGGCGCAACACUUGAACAUUUUAUGGACUUUUAAUGUAAAAUAACUUAAAAAAAAUAAAUAAAAAUAAUAUUAAAAUGUGAAUUUGAUAAUUUAAUCCUAUAAAGCAGAAAUAUCUAUUCUCUAACAGUAUUCCUGUAUAUACACGGAUGCAUAAAAUAUUAUAAUUAGAAAAAAUGAGAGGAAAAUGCCUUUUAAAAUGCCUGUUUGUCUUUAGGCAACUACAUUUUGCCGGUAAAUGAUAAAAAUGUCCUUUUUAUGGUUUGCUAACCAUUACCGCUAUUUGUGUUUAUAUCUUAAACAUACUGUGUCUUUUAACGUUUUCACCUUGGAACAGCAAGUCUGUCUGUAAAUCUUAAAUGCCUAAUUAUGACAGCCUCCUAUUUUAUGUGCUUGAAGGCUUUGGGAUAAGAGAACAAUGACUCUAAACAGACAUCUAAAAAAAAAGGAAAUAGAGAGAAGAGAGUAAGAAAACCAUUCUUAGAAGGGACAGCGUAGAAGAAAAUAGAAUAGAAUAUUGGUUACCAAAUAUAGUUGCACACUGGAAAUGAUCUGUAGGCUGAAUCUGAAUGCUGGUACUGCAGGUCAUCUGUAGCAAGCACAAUUGUAAAGUACAUACGCAGAGCAGUGCAUUGUGCAUUUAUUCAGUGUUAAAAUAAAAUGUUCCAUGUCUUUUUAAAGUAUUUUAUUCUUAAUUUAAAAAGCAGGAAUGUGAUGCAUAGGAGCCGGCCCAAUAUUGGUUGAGAACCUGGGCUAUGCUUGCUUAUUGGUGGGUAAAUAUAAGCCUCCAAUAAGCAAGCGCUUUCCAUGGUGCUUAACCUAAAAUGGGCGUGCUGCUAAGAUUUACAUUCCUGCUUUUAAAAUAAAGAUAGCAAGAGAACGAAGAAAAAUUUAUAAUAGGAGUAAAUUAGAAAGUUGCUUAAAAUUUCAUGCUCUAUCUGAAUCAUGAAAGAAAAAAAAUGUGGGUUCAGUGUCCCUUUUAAGCAAAAUUACAUUUACUAUGUGUUUAACCCAAGCAAAAAAGUUAAAUGGAUACUAAACCCAAUUUUUUUUUCUUUCUGUUUUACUCCACUUAUCAAUAUGUAUUUGUUCUCUUGGUAUCUUUAGUUGAUAAAGCAGGAAUGUAAGCUUAGGAGCUGGCCCAUUUUUGGUUCAGAACCUGGGUGCUGAUUGGUGACUAAAAUGUAGCCACCAAUCAGCAAGUGCUACCCACUGUGCUAAACCAAAAAUAGGCUGGCUCCAAAACUUACAUCCCUCCUUUUUUCAAAUAAAGAUACCAAGAGAACGGAAAAUUGAUAAUAGGAGAAAAAUAGAAAGUUGCUUAAAAUUGCACGCUCUAUCUGAAUCAUGAAAGAAAAAAUGUGGGUUCAGCAUCCCUUUAAACAUACAGUAUAAGUUGCAUAUCGAGCUGGCUUCUGUGAUAAACAAACAUGCCUAUGGCCAGUAGAUUCAGCAUUUGUUAUUCUUUGUGCAAACAAAUGCCAAAAAAUAGCAGCGGUUUCUGCCGUUCAGAUAGUUCUGGCACCUGAAAAUUACAGCAAAAGUACAAGUCACAGUACCUGUUUUGUUGACAAAUAUUGUAAGUUGCACUAAAUAUUCAGUGUUGGAACUAUCUGAAUGCCAGAAGCCACUACUAAUUUUAUUUCUUUGCACAACAAAUAAUGAAUUCCGAAAAUUAUGCUCCAAUCACCAGCUGUGUUUUCAUUUGGAGCAAAAAGAGACAUUAAAAUCAAAAUUUAAACUUUCAUGGAUCAGUUAGAGCAUAGAAUUUUAAACAACUUUCCAAUGUUCUUCUAUUAUCAGCUUUGCUUCAUUCUUAUACUAUCAUUUGUUGAAGAGUAAACCUAGCUAGGCUCAUCAUAGUUCAAGAGCAUAAAAAUUAGGCGUGGGCAUUCGGUUGCAGAAGAAGGCAGCUGCCUGCUGUGUUUGGCUCUUCGGUGGCGGAUUCCUUCUUGUAAAAUUGCAACACACCAAGAUCUGUGGGAAUCCAAAUCUUAGUGUAUUGCACGUUAAGAAGAAAUCCAGAUCCAGAAAGAGCUGGACACCACAAGCAGUCACCUUCUAGCGAAGCAUCUGAAUUCCCAUGCCUAAUACAAAUGUCUUUAAACAUUAUUGCUAACACUGCAGACAGAGUGCUAAAGGGACAGUCUACACCAGAAUUUGUAUUGUUUAAAAAGAUAGAUAAUCCCUUUAUUACCAAUUCCUCUGGUUUAUCUCUGUGAUUACCUUGUAUCUAAGCCUCUACAGACUGCCCUCUUAUCUCCCGUCUGCUUUGACGGACAUGCAGGUUAGCCAAUCAGUGAAGACUCCUAAAUAACUCCACGGGACUGAGCACAAUGUUAUCUAUAUGACAUAAUGAACUAGUACUGUCUAACUGUGAAAAACUUUCAAAAUGCUGAGCUAAGAGGGGGUUUUCAAUGGUUUUAGAAAUCAGUUUGAGCCUACCUAGGUUUAGCUUUUCAAAGGGAACAAAGCAAAUUUAAUGAUAAAAGUCAAUUGGAAAGUUGUUUAAAAUUGCAUGCAUGCCCUAUCUGAAUCAUGAAAGUUUAAUUUUGACUAGACUGUCCCUUUAAAGGGACAGUCAACUCAAAAAUGUUUAUUGUUUAAAAAGAUAGAUAAUCCCUUUAUUACCCAUUCCCCAAUUUUGCAUAACCAACAUGGUUAUAUUAUUAUACUUUUAACCUCUGAUUACCUUGUAUCUAAGCCUCUUUUUGACAGCCCCCUGAUCACAUGACUUUUUAUUUAUUAUCUAUUGACUUGCAUUUUAGCUGUGUUGUGCAGAACCCACGGCCGUGAGCAUAAUGUUAUCUAUAUGGCCCACAUGAACUAGCAGUAUCCUGUUGUGAAAUGCAAACAAAAAAGCAUGUGAUUAAGUGGCUGUCUAUAGUGGCUUAGAAACAGGCAGAAUUAGAGGUUUAAAUGUUAUAAAGUAUAUUAAUAUAACAAUGAUGGUUGUGCAAAGCUGGGGAAUGGGUACUAAAGGCGUUAUCUAACUGUUUAAACAAUAACACUUUUAGUGUUGACUGUCCCUUUAACACUGCUACAAACAAUGUUACAGUGUUGCAAAACUGCUGCCAUACAGUGCUAGAGACUCGCACACGCGCCGGAGAGCUUAUGAGCCUAUGUAGGUUUACUCUUCAACCAAGAGAACAUAGAAAUGUCAUAUUAGAAGGAAAUUGGAUUUUUUAAAAUUACAUGCACUAUCUGAAUCAUAUAAGUUUUAUUUUUACGUUUUUAGGUUUAUUGUUUUGUAACGUUCUUGAUGCUUAUCAUUUCUUUGUAUUUAUUUUAUGUUUUCCUCUUCAGCAAUGGCAAAUAAUCCCCUGUACCAAAGCAAAAUGUGCUGUCAAAUUGUGUUACUGGUUGUGUGUACAUUUACGUGCCCAGAUAAUGGAUGCAUUCAGGUCUAUUGUAGGGCAUAAUAAAGAAUGAGAGUUGCAGUUGA